UCAUAGUCUACGUACAUCUGCACUUGUAGCAGUUCCAGUUGUCUUGGUCCUCGCAGGAGCAGCAGCAGCGUGGGGCCGGAGCCCAGCUGAACUAAACUAACCGCCGUCUCUCGGAGCACAUUGGCUGAAUAUCCUACUAUAUAUCUCGCAGGCGUCGCGGGAGUGCUCGGUGCGUGCGUUGCUGUGUGACAGAGAAAACUGACCCUGGUGUGUUUCCAUAGCAGCCUGGGUGUAACCAUGGAGACCAGUGAGCCCUCGCGACCACUGAGUCAGUCGUCACUGGAGUCAGUAGAUAUGAGUAUCUCCUUUUCUCCAACAGUCAAUGCAGGUAGAAGGAAGAAGGAGGAGCUGGCAGAAGCAUGGCCAGUCAGCUGUGUCUAUCCAGUGAACGAGAUAUUGACUACUGAAGAGAAAUAUGUACAGUCAUUGGAACAGCUGCUAACGGGCUACAGAGACCCUCUGUCGAAAUGGCUACAAAACACUGAGGAAGGAGAGACAUUCAUCAGAAAAGUGUUCUUGAAUCUCGACCAGCUGCUCAACAUUCACAGACGACUGCUGCAGAGUCUCCAGAACAAGGCCACCGACCCCAUGGAGUUUGGACAGGUCUUCGUGAGAGCUGAAGAAGAUUUCUCCAGCUAUACCGAGUACUGCACUAAGUUCAAGACUGCAACUGAACUACUCAAUCACACAAUAGUGGCUAAUGCUGAACUCAGGAACUAUAUUGAAGUUUGCCAACAAAAGUUACAUCACGAUAUGCCGCUAGGUGCGUAUCUCAUCAAACCAGUUCAGAGGAUUCUGAAGUACCACUUACUGCUUCAGACUGUUCUGAAGCACUACAACACGGAGCACUAUGCCUACCCUAGUCUGAAGGCAGCUCUUGUGGCUAUGAAGAGAACCGCAGAGCACAUCAACAAUGUCACGAAACAGCAAGAAAACACCCUUAGAACCAAGGAAAUACAGCAGGGUCUAUGUGGAGGACCAAGAGGGACCACUUACGGAGAACUUAUUCAAGAGUGCAAGUGUAAGGUCCAUGUGGGCAAGAUGGGGGCAGAGCGAGACAGAGAGCUCGUCAUCUUUGACAAACUGCUCCUUCUCCUCAAGAAGAAGGAUUCUAAUCGCUACAACUACAAAGGCCACAUUGAGGUUGCUGUACUGAAGUUUGAUGAGGUGAAAGCAGAGCCGACAGGGUUCAAAGUGUACACUGAUGGAGGUGUCCUUAGGCCCAGUCAGAGCUAUCGCAUCAGAGUGAGGUCGGAAAGGGUUAAACAGGAGGUGGUGGAGAAGAUACGACAAGUUAUCCAGUGCCACGUCGAAUAUCUGAGAAAGAAGCAUCUGGAGAUGAAGCAGCGCAUGCGCCGUCAGCGUCACUCCUACAAGCCAUCCGACUACACCACCAACACUGGACCACCACAGAGUGUUCCCAGCCACGGCUCCAGGAAGAGGAAGGCCAUUUCUGAAAUAUUCCCCACCAGAGAAGAUGAUUCUACUGCGGGCUGGGGAGAUGGAGAUGAAGUUGAUGGCUGGAGAGACGGAGAGGAAGAUGAGGAGGGAGAGAGGGAGGAAUGGAUAGAAGACAAAGAGGAAGAACCAGAGGAGCAGAGGGUUCCUGACGACUCUGGUGCAGUUCUGCCUGUCAUUGAGGAGAGCUCCAUAUUCUCACAGUCCACCUUGAAAACCACCAUAUAUGGAGACAAGAGAAGUCCCAAGUCAAAGAUGUCUAGUUCAGUGAGUAUGGAGAGUCUGGUGUCUCCGAGUGACGUAGAGCUUUGGGAAGAAGAGGAGGGAGGAGGGGGGUUGGGUCACAUGGGACGACGCUACAUGGAGGAGUGUGACGGUGGGGAGAUGGGGAAGGAGGGGAGUGGGGAGGGAGGGGAGAUGGGAGACAGUCACAAGAAAAGCCAGAGACAAGCCAGUAAUUUGCGGAGGAAGCCAGCUAUCAGGGUAAAGACAGUCAGCGUGUCACCAAAUUCCUCUCCUGCUGUAGCCAAGGGACACCUGGCCAGGUCACUGAUCAGAGAGAAAGCACAGCUGGCCAGAGCUGCUGCAUACGUGUGGCGACAGAGACGUCUUAUCCUCCUCGGUAACUGAAUCAAGCGAUCUGAUUGGUCCAGAGGACGGUGCGAGGGCACAUGACACUAGUCGGGACAGCUCGUCUAGUCUUGUCUCCAUCGGCCUCUCUACAGCUAUGGGAAUGGUUGGUGAUCUUGACUCAUCGUCUGCCAGUGUGUCAGCUACUACACGAUCAGAACAAGAGAAGACAGAAGAAGGUAUCAUAGUGACCUCCGGUGAAGAGGUAAAGGGGGCGGAGUCAGUUGUCCCGGAGGUUCAUCAGGGCGACGGUGACCAUGACGACGAUGGGAUUGAAAUCGUGGACAGCAGUGACUCGGAGGAUGGAGGAGAAGAGGAGGAAGAAGAUGAGGAAGAAAUGAGUGGUGCCAGUAUUGAGGGAUGAACUGGGAAGCUCACUAGAGCAGCCAAUCUCCAGACAAAAGAGUGACUCUAGCUCCUCACAUGGCGAACACUCCUCUGACCAACUCCAGUAUCAAGUGAUUGCAGGAGAGAGAGGAGAAGAAAUGGUUGGAGAGAGAGAGGGGUCUGGGAUGUCCGAUGGAGUCCAGUUGAGUGUCGUGUCUGGUUCCCAUUCCCCCGUUCCUCCUGGAAUUGGAAUGGAGGACUCGGGGUUUGGAACAGGGGAAAGCUGGAGGUCCACUGAACCCGGGGACUUGGAACCUCAGUCUCCGGCUAAUAGCCUCGGGAAAGAAGAUGAAGCUCCAUUGACAAUAACCAGUCAGCGUCAACCACACCUCUGGCAGAGCACUACGCCACCCUACCUCGUCAAAAGACCACCGGCACCAGCAGCAGCAGCAGAGCCCCGGGUACCCCCAAACCUCCCCACACCCUCAUAUUCCCCCAAGACUACUCUCCCGGGCCACCUCACUCCCACAAAAGCUCUUCCCCUUCGUCCUCCAUCUCCUCGAUUUCUCGUUCGGGGACAAAGAAAUCCUCUCGUGGAUUCUCCCAACUUCUCGAGUAUACGAGAAAGCUCUCGUCUCCGGCCUACACCAACGCUCACCCUGUAACGCAGUCUCUCCCUCCAGCUGGCUUUUUUCCUGAUGGUAGAAUAUCCGAGGAGCCGCCAGAGAGUGAAUUCGUGGAAAAGGUUUUCAGGGAUUCUCUGGGUGUAGUAGGGGAGGAGGAGGAGGAGGAAGAGGGUGUUUUGAGCUCCCCGAUCGCUAAGAAACUGGCUCUCGAUAGCUCACAAACGGAGGGCUCGCUUUUAGAGAGCACGGCGGUUGGUAGCAGUGAAAUUAAAGUUGGGGAAGGUGUGGUGUGAAAUUUCCGGCGCUGUUUCAGAUGUAGAGACGAAAGAAUAUUCCGACCAAGCUGUGUCACUGCCUCGUGAAGAUAACGUAACUGUUGGUGAAGUUUCAAGUCAGGAUCUCAACGAAUUUUCUGCGGCAAUUUCAUUCAUGUUGCAAGAAACUCCAGUCGAAAGUGAAACUACAGAAGCGGAGGUUCCCGCAGAUGGGCAGAUGAUUGCACUAUCCUUGGCUCAGAGGGAUACAAGAGAAGACGAUUCCGUAACUCCCCAACCGAUCCCCUUCGAAGAAUUCCCGGUUGAUGAGGGAGACGCGAUUCCUCCAGUUGAGAGCAGAGAGAGGGAAGACAUGGAGGAAGGAGACAGUGAUAUAGUUAGGGAUGACAGUGGUACACCGGAAGUAGUGGAACUAACACUAGCUGAGCCUUCACUUGAUGUUGGGGGUGUUGAAAUCACAGAAGAGGAUUUUGAACAACACAAGGAGGAUACAGAAAUGGAGGCGGUUGAAGUACUACCAGUAACUGGGUCUGCCGCUGAGCAGGAGGCUGAGAAAGACGAGAUCCAACAAAAGAUGCUUGUUGUAGAUGAAGACAUUGAAACAGUGGAAGCUGCAGCCACUGAGACUGUUAUUGAUGAAGUGGAAGGAGCACCAAUGACGUCUACUACCGUAAGACAAGAUGGUGAAAAUCUCAUUGAAAAUGGUACACAGAAUACAGACAGAAAACCAAGUGAUCAUCUGGCGAAAGAGAAAAGUUCAGAAAGUUCUAAAAAGCCACAGAACAUUGAGGAUGAAGUCAGGGAUAGCAAGUUGGGGGAGAGGAGGUCGGGCAGAGACACAGAUUCAGCGAAUCAUGAGUACCAUUUGAAUCAUCGUACAAUACAAGCCAAUGAGAGAGAGUCUCAAGCAACUAAUCAACCUUCAACAGCUGUAUCUCAGGCCGGCGUGUCUCUGGGGCUGUUUGGAACACUGAGACGCCACUGGACUGUGUUGAGUAACAGAAGAAUCUUCCUAGCGUUAGGAGCACUGGUGGUGGUGGCCUCAGUUCUGUUCCUAGGUGUGAACAUGUACUAUGAUGGCGAGGCACAGGCUAAGAGACCGACUGGAGCCCUUUGAACAUACC